AUGGCGAUAAUUUGCACAACACCAACGACAUCUCCUGCAGAGAAAGAACAAGAACCAAAACAAGAUCUUGAAAACGACCCAUAUCAUCCCUUAAUCUUCAACCCUUCUCUUCUUAACCUCCAGUCUCAAAUACCAAACCAAUUCAUUUGGCCAGACAAAGAGAAACCUUCCAUUGACAUUCCCGAGCUCAACAUCCCUUUCAUCGAUCUUUCAAGCCAAGACACAACUUUAGAGGUUUCUAGACUCAUCGCAGAAGGUUGCACCAAACACGGUUUCUUCCUCGUCGUGAAUCAUGGAGUCAGCGAGUCACUCAUAUCCGACGCUCACCGUUUCAUGGAAUGUUUCUUCGACAUGUCUCUUGUUGGAAAACAGAGAGCCCAGAGAAAACCUGGUGAAAGCUGGGGCUACGCCAGUAGCUUCACCGGAAGAUUCUCCACUAAGCUCCCAUGGAAGGAGACUCUCUCUUUCCCGUUUUCCAACGAAAUAAGUGGAUCAAGAACCGUUCAAGAUUACUUCUCCGGUACAUUAGGACACGAGUUUAAGCAGUUUGGGAAAGUGUAUCAAGACUACUGUGAAGCAAUGAGCUCCCUGUCACUCAAGAUCAUGGAGCUUCUUGGGCUUAGUUUAGGCAUAAACAACGAUUAUUUCAGGGAAUUUUUUGAAGAGAAUGAUUCGAUAAUGAGGCUAAAUCAUUACCCUCCAUGCCAAACACCUGAUCUCACAUUAGGUACAGGACCACAUUGUGAUCCAAGCUCUUUGACUAUUCUUCACCAAGACCAAGUCAAUGGACUUCAAGUCUUUGUUGACAAUCAAUGGCAAUCCAUUCUCCCCAAUCCCAAGGCUCUCGUCGUCAAUAUUGGUGACACUUUCAUGGCCCUAUCAAAUGGGAUAUUCAAAAGUUGUUUGCAUAGAGCGGUUGUGAAUAAAGAGAGCCCGAGGACAUCAAUGGCUUUUUUCUUGUGUCCGAAGAGAGACAAAGUUGUGAAGCCACCAAGUGAGAUUUUGGACAAGACGACACCAAGAAGAUACCCUGAUUUUACCUGGCCUAUGUUCCUAGAGUUUACUCAAAAGCAUUACCGAGCAGAUGUCAAUACUCUCGAGUCCUUUUCAAACUGGAUCAUUACCAACAAAUUUACCGUCUAA